AUGCCGGGGCCGCGGCCGCUGGCGCUGCUGCUGGCGCUGCCCGCCCUGCUGGCCUUGGCCUGGGCCUUGGCCGGGGCCGGCCGUCGGGCGGCGGGGGAGCCGCCGUGGGGCUUGCAGCGGGAGCUGGAGCGGCGGCAGCGCGACCUGAGCCGCCUGGCCGCUGCCAUCCGACGGCGCGCGCCUUCUGCCCGGUGGGGGCGCGCCUGGGGCUGCGCGGAGCUGGGCGGCGCGGCGGAGCUGAGCCCGGUGGGCUCCGGCGUCACCAAGCUGGUGGCCAGAGCCGUCUUGCCGCCGGGCGGCCAGGAGGUCGCCCUGAAGACCGUGCACGCCGCCGGCCGCGACGUGAGCCGCUGCCUGCGGCGCCACGGGCACCCGGCGGGCUGCCGCCGCCUCGCCGCCUACAAGCUGCUCAAGGAGGCGGCUCUGCUGCGGAGCCUGCAGCACCCCGGCGUCGUCCAGUUGUGGGGUCAAUGCUAUGAUAGCGCCGAUCCUGAAAUGAAGACCACCGCUAUACUGGAGCUGGGAACACCCUUGGAGAUGAUUGAGCUUCUGCAGACCCCCUGGGAAAAGAGAUUUAAAAUCUGUCUGGAUCUGGUUGAAUUGCUCUAUUAUUUGGCAAAUUCUCCUCUGGGGUCCAUCGCCCUCCUGGAUUUCCAGCCCAGGCAGUUUGUGACUGUGAACGGGGUCCUGAAAGUGACAGACCUGGAUGAUGCAAGCACUGAGGAACCAUCAUGCCAGACAGAUGAGGACUGUGUGUUAGAAUUCCCUGUGAAAAACUUUUCUCUCAAAUGUACCGUGCAUGGAAAGUGCGAAGGAAUCAAUGAGAGAAGAAAUCUCUUCAAUGCCUACCGGUAUUUUUUUACAUAUCUCUUACCACACCUGGCACCUGUCGUUUUACAGCCCAUUCUGAAGGAUAUCCUAAAUGCCACAGGUGAUUUACGAUACGGAGCGAAUGAAACGCUGAGAGCUUUUCAGAAAGUUUUGCAUUUGUAUAAAUCUGGACUUUACCUGCAGAAGAAGCCUUCCCAUUUAAAAGAAUAUAUUGCCUUAAAAGGAUUCCGUAGCGGGACUGCGGAGGAUUACAAGUGCUGGCCCUCGUAUAGCCACACGGGAUGCGUGCUGUCCGUUCACAACGCAGAAGAAGCCGCAGGCAUUUGCAGUUCCCAUUCGCAGUGUCAACAUUUUAUCAUCACUCCACAGAAGACGUGGGCAGGACGCCCACUCACUUUGUUUCAAAGCAGCUCAGCUGACUUAAUCCCAGGUGGUAACACGGUGGCUUAUAUUAAACGAUCCGCACUCUCGAGGGAGAAGCCUCUAACAAGAAGCUUGAAUGAGCACAGAGACGCAGGAGAAGAAAUGCUCAUCAGGACUACGCUCAGCCCCCCAAAGAGAUGA